UCUGCCUGAGGACUGCUACACAGACUGCAAUAUGUCGAGAAUGCCUGGCAGAGCAGACUGCUCUAGCUACACAGUGGGGACAGAGCGGGAGGAGCACAUGAGUUGCCCGGAGACUGAGAGGAGCGGAGAUGAGGAGGAUGAUGAGAUCCAGGAGGUGCAGAUCACCGGGGAGGAGGAGUACGGGGAGGAUGAGCUGGAGUGGGAGGCAGAGUGCGCAGACCCCGACAGCUGCUCCGCUAUGGAGACAGAAGCGGUCCUUAUGCGUAGUACGGACCAGUGCAGCGGAUUGGGACCGGGAGCGGGGGCGGACCAUAGACUGUUUCACAUCCCCGGACUGGACUCAGAUCCGGAUGGAGACCUGCAGCGGUCUGACCGCUCCAGACUGAGCGAGAACACCCGCCUGGCUACCAGGUAUGCGGUGCGGAUCUUCCGGGAGUACCUGAGCGAGAAAUCCCAAAGUCCUGACUUUGAAACUCUGGACAAGGAGGCGCUGUGCGCGGUCCUGCGGUCUUUCUACGCGGAGGCACGCUCUAAGAGCGGCCAGCUCUACAGCAAGUCUUCUCUCAUCAGUAUUCGGAGUUCUCUGAACCGCUAUCUGAAUGAGCCACCGUACUGUCGCACCCUGGACCUCACCAAGGACCCGGAGCUGCGCAGCGCCAACCUGACCCUGGCCGCAGUCAUCAGAAAGCUGGAGGAGCAGGGUGCUGGUCCCGUGGUGCAGAAACAGGCAAUCACGCGUGCGGAUCUGCGAAACCUCUACACCUCCAUUGUGUUUAACAUCGAUACGCCGUUCGGGCUGCUCAACAAAGUGUGGUUCGAGACAUGCAUGUAUUUCUGUACAAGAGGGCGAGAGAAUCAGCGCGAGCUGGAGGAGGAUUCAUUUGGCCUGGCCAUAGACGAGAAUGGGAGAAAGUUUAUCUAUUUCAAAGCACUGGGGCCUUAUCACAAGUCUCGCUCUGCGUGCUGGAAUAAAAAGAGACCAGACAUGGAUGAAGAUACUUUGCCGCGCAUGUAUGAGACGGGAACUGAGUUUUGUCCAUAUGCCAGCUUUGUAAAGUAUGUCUCGAAACGGAACCCGUUGUGCAAAGCAUUCUUCCAACGACCACGAGACCACUGUUGCGCAAGCGACAUGACAUGGUAUGAGAACAAAGCCAUCGGUAAAAACCUGCUGGGCACGAGGAUGCAGAUGCUGUCGCGUGCUGCCAAGCUGUCAAAGACCUACACCAAUCACUGCAUCGGCGCCGUCUCCAUAGCAACGCUCAACAGCAUUGCCGGUAUAGGGUCAAAGUUGGUGUCGCUUCAGAUUGCCUCGGAAACAGUCAAUGGUGGCGUGCAGUCUCAUCUCCAGCUCGUGAUCCCGUACAUCCGACAGGCCACAGACGCAGUGGAACUGAAGCCGCAGAGAACAACAUGGAAAGCUCGUGCUCUCUGCCCCGGCGACGUAUCGGGACCUCCCUCUCCUAAGAAGCUCUGUGUGCGUCCCGGAGAACGCGCAAAGUCCCCUGUGGUCAUAGAGGACGGUAUAGAGCCUGUGGACACCCGACCCCUGGAGCCCCACGGUCAGCCACCCGCUCCUUUACUGACUGACGUGGUAUCCGCGCAGGAUAGCCGUAAUAGCAGCAUGGCCAGUAGGCCGCUGGUCUCCCAGUCCCCUGCCUCUCCGCUGGGCUCUGGGGGUAUCGGGGGUAUCCCCACCCCAGCCCAGCUCACAAAGACCAACGCCCCUGUACACAUAGAUGUAGGAGGACACAUGUACACCAGCAGCCUGGCUACACUCACCAAGUACCCUGAGUCACGGAUUGGUCGUCUGUUCAACGGGACAGAGCCCAUAGUGUUAGACAGUCUGAAGCAGCACUACUUCAUAGACCGAGACGGCCAUAUAUUCCGCUACAUCCUCAACUUCCUGCGGACGGCCAAACUGCUCCUCCCCGAAGACUUCAAAGAGUUCUCUCUACUCUAUGAGGAGGCCAGGUUCUUCCAGCUAUCCCCACUACAAGAAGAAUUAGAAAACUGGAGGAGUGAGCGCGAGGCCAGGAGUGUGUGGCGUGUGUGUGAGUGUGUGGUGGUACGUGUAGCUCCAGAGUUGGGAGAGAGGAUCACUCUGAGUGGGGACAGGGCUUUGAUCGAGGACGUGUUUCCAGAGGUCGGGGACGUCAUGUGUAACUCCAUGAACGCAGGCUGGAAUCAUGACUCUACUCACGUAAUUCGCUUCCCACUCAACGGAUACUGUCACCUCAACUCUGUACAGGUAUUGGAGAGGUUGCAGCAGAGAGGGUUCGAGAUAGCAGGGGCGUGUGGUGGAGGAGUAGACUCCUCCCAGUUCAGCGAGUAUGUCCUACGCAGGGAGGGGAGGAGCAACGGACAGCGUGGCCCCACCCUCAUCUGCAUCAAACAGGAAGCACUGGACUAAGUCCUGCCCAGGUCAGGGGUCACAGUGGAUGAUUGGUCAGGAGAGGAGCUGAAAGCCACACCUCCAUCUCCAAGGGAACACCAACAGAGUCUGACCUGAAGUUUGUUUUAGAAUUUUAGGGUCAUCACUAGUUACGACAGCCACAAAGUCAUAAACCCCGCCUAUUUCUACAAUUUCUCUUAAAUUAUGUGAUUUUAAACAUAACCCUAACC